AUGUUUAUCACUUAUUUACAUACACGUCUCUCUGUUACAGUGAAGAAAGCCAAGCUCGAUGGACCGCAAGAGAAAUUCAACACCUACGUGUCACUGAAGGUUCAAAAUGUGAAAAGCACCACCAUAGCUGUGCGAGGCAGUCAGCCAUGUUGGGAACAGGACUUCAUGUUUGAGAUUAACAGACUGGAUCUGGGCCUGACAGUGGAGGUAUGGAACAAAGGACUGAUCUGGGACACCAUGGUUGGCACAUUGUGGAUCCCUCUGAGCAGCAUUCGCCAGUCCAACGAGGAAGGUCCAGGGCAAUGGCUGACUUUAGAUGCCCAGGUCAUUAUGGCUGAGAAUGAAAUAUGUGGCACCAAAGAUCCUACAUUCCAUCGAGUGCUAUUGGAUACACGAUUCGAACUCCCAUUAGAUAUACCAGAGGAGGAAGCUCGAUACUGGGCCAAGAAAUUGGAGCAGCUCAAUGCCAUGAGGGACCAAGAUUACACAUUCCAGGAGGAGCACGAGAGACCACUUCCAGUGCCAUCAACUCAGUGCUGUAACUGGAGUCUGUGGGGGGACCAACAAAAUGAUGAUCCAGACAGUGCUGUGGAUGAUCGAGACAGUGAUUACCGCAGCGAAACCAGCAACAGCAUCCCCCCUCCUUUCUACACCACAUCUCAACCCAACGCAUCCAUGCACCAAUACCCCAUCCGACAAAUGCAACAUGGAUCCCGCUACAACGACAUGCAGGACUACGACUAUGAUAACCAAAGGGCAAUUAGCCCCACCGGCAGUAGUCGCUAUGCCUCAUCUGGUGAACUGAGCCGUGGCAGCUCCCAACUCAGUGAGGAGUUUGGCCCGGAGGACGGCGAGAGCUUUCGGGGUUCUGGAGAGUUCUACGACGAGAAUGAUUCCUACCAUUCCUGCCAUUCCUCUGUUAGCUAUGGCAAAGACUCACCCGGCUGGGACCCAGAUGAGCCACAGGGUGUCUACAGUGAUGAUGGGGAGUACAACAAAGAUGGAGGUGAAGAAGGGGCACUCUAUGAUGAAGAGGGUGAGAUCUAUGAGCAGGAGGAAGGGGAGUAUCCCUAUGAAGAGGAAGAGGAAGGAGUGGUGUAUGAAGAGGACGAAGACCUUUACCCAUUGGAUGGUACUCUCAGCGAAGAGCAGGAGCCUCCCUACACUCCUACCCCAACCAGCACUGCCCCAACAUUGGCUCCUGAUGCCCUCACCAGCCGUCCACCACUGGAGAAACAGGCUUCCAUGCACCAGCAACAGCCCCCACAAUCCCAAAUACCAUUCCAGACCAUGGAGCCCAAGCGAGAGUCACCACCUCCACAGCAGACACAGGAUGUUUUUGCCAAGGUACCUCGUACCUCAACCCCACCACGGAUCUCAGACACGGAGCCUGAGAAAAUCCCAACGCCACCAGACAAUGGGCCAGCCUAUGCAGAGGAUCUCUUGUCCACAUCUGCCACCGAGAUCCCACCCAAAGCAGAACAGGAAAUGAAAGAGGCUCUACCUGAGAGCAUAUCAAUUCAGGAACCACCUGUGGACCCUGCAGUAAGGGCCAAAGCCAACUGGCUACGACUUUUCAACAGGGUUCGCCUUCAGCUGCAGGAGGCUCGAGGCGAGACUCCGGGACUUGCGUCACUCUUUUUGCAAGCAGGGCCUGGAGGUGCUCUCUACAGCAUAGACAGCAUGCCUGACCUUCGCAAGAGAAAGGCCAUCCCUCUUGUCAGAGACCUGGCAAUGUCUCUAGUACAGAACUCUCGAAAAGCAGGCAUAACUUCAGCUAUGGCCUCCAGCACACUUAACAAUGAAGAAUUGAAGAGUCACGUCUAUAAGAAAACCCUGCAAGCUUUGAUUUACCCCAUCUCCUGUACUACACCGCACAACUUUGAGGUGUGGACGGCUACAACACCCACCUACUGCUACGAGUGUGAGGGGCUUCUGUGGGGCAUUGCUCGACAGGGCAUGCGCUGCACAGAAUGUGGGGUCAAGUGCCAUGAGAAGUGUCAAGAUUUACUUAAUGCCGAUUGCCUGCAGAGGGCGGCAGAGAAGAGCUCCAAACAUGGAGCUGAAGAUCGCACACAGAACAUCAUUAUGGUGCUGAAAGACCGCAUGAAGAUCCGUGAACGGAACAAGCCUGAGAUAUUUGAGUUGAUCCAGGAAGUGUUUGCAGUCAUCAAGGCCACACACGUGGCACAGAUGAAGCAGAUUAAGCAAAGUGUCCUGGAUGGAACAUCCAAGUGGUCGGCCAAGAUCAGCAUCACCGUUUUAUGUGCUCAGGGUCUGCAGGCAAAGGAUAAGACCGGUUCCAGCGACCCUUAUGUUACAGUUCAAGUAGGCAAGACCAAAAAACGAACAAAGACCAUUUAUGGAAAUCUCAACCCUGUAUGGGAUGAGAGUUUUAAUUUUGAGUGUCACAACUCUUCUGAUCGCAUCAAAGUUCGUGUUUGGGAUGAGGACGAUGAUAUUAAGUCCAGAGUAAAGCAGAAGUUCAAACGAGAGUCUGAUGACUUUCUCGGUCAGACCAUCAUCGAGGUGCGAACUCUGAGCGGAGAAAUGGACGUCUGGUACAAUCUAGAUAAGCGUACAGACAAGUCUGCCGUGUCUGGAGCCAUUCGUAUGCACAUCAGUGUGGAAAUCAAAGGCGAAGAAACCGUAGCUCCGUACCACGUCCAGUACACUUGCUUACACGAGAACCUUUUCCACUACUUAACAGACAUUCAAAAUAAUGGUGUGGUGAAGAUACCAGAUGCCAAGGGCGAUGAUGCAUGGAAAGUUUACUUUGAAGAGACGCCACAAGAAAUCGUCGAUGAGUUUGCCAUGCGUUACGGAGUGGAGUCUAUUUAUCAAGCCAUGACACACUUUGCCUGCUUGUCAUCGAAGUACAUGUGUCCUGGAGUGCCUGCGGUCAUGAGCACCUUACUAGCCAACAUCAAUGCUUACUAUGCUCACACAACCCAAGCCACUAACAACGUAUCCGCCUCUGACCGCUUCGCUGCCUCCAACUUUGGGAAAGAACGAUUUGUGAAACUUCUGGACCAGCUCCACAACUCUUUGAGGAUUGACCUCUCAAUGUACAGGAAUAAUUUUCCGGCUAGCAGUCCUGAAAGACUACAGGAUCUUAAGUCUACGGUGGACCUACUGACCAGUAUCACGUUCUUCAGGAUGAAGGUCCAGGAGCUUCAGAGUCCUCCUCGUGCCAGUCAGGUGGUGAAGGACUGUGUGAAGGCCUGCCUCAACUCCACCUACGAAUACAUUUUUAACAACUGCCAUGAGCUCUAUAGCCGAGAAUACCAAACAGACCCAAACAAAAAAGGAGAGGUUCCUCCAGAGGAGCAAGGCCCGAGCAUUAAGAACCUGGACUUCUGGUCCAAGCUGAUCACUCUUAUUGUCUCCAUUAUUGAAGAAGACAAGAACUCCUACACGCCCUGCCUUAACCAGUUUCCGCAAGAACUCAAUGUUGGGAAGAUCAGCGCAGAGGUUAUGUGGAACCUGUUUGCCCAAGAUAUGAAGUACGCAAUGGAAGAGCACGAAAAGAACCGCCUGUGCAAAAGCGCCGAUUACAUGAACCUUCACUUCAAAGUAAAGUGGCUCUACAAUGAGUACUGCAAAGACCUGCCUUUCUUCAAGAGCCGAGUGCCUGAAUAUCCAACAUGGUUUGAGCCAUUUGUCAUCCAGUGGUUGGAUGAGAAUGAGGAGGUGUCCAGAGACUUUUUGCAUGGAGCCCUAGAGCGUGACAAGAAAGAUGGGUACCAGCAAACCUCGGAGCACGCUCUCUUCUCCUGUUCGGUGGUGGACGUCUUCUCACAGCUUAACCAGAGCUUCGAGAUUAUUAAGAAGCUGGAGUGUCCAGACCCACAGAUCGUCGGACACUACAUGAAGAGAUUUGCCAAGACCAUCAGCAACGUUCUGCUCUCCUAUGCGGAUAUUAUCUCCAGAGACUUCCCGAACCACUGCACCAAGGAGAAAGUGAAUGCAAAGGAUGGUGCUGUGAAGCCCUGCAUCCUCAUCAACAAUAUUCAGCAGCUCAGGGUACAGCUUGAGAAGAUGUUUGAGGCCAUGGGAGGUAAAGAUUUGAAUGUUGAAGCUAGCGACAUCUUGAAAGAACUUCAAGUGAAGCUCAACAAUGUUUUGGACGACCUUGCAAGGAUAUUUGCCACCAGUUUCCAGCCAAACAUUGAAGAAAAUGUCAAGCAAAUGGGCGAUAUACUUAGCCAGGUGAAGGGAACGGGAAAUGUGCCAGCAAGUGCUUGCAGCAGCGUAGCACAGGAUGCUGACAAUGUCCUCCAACCCAUCAUGGACUUUCUUGACAGCAACCUUACACUAUUUGCCAAGAUCUGUGAGAAGACAGUCUUGAAGCGAGUGCUGAAGGAGCUUUGGAAGUUGGUCAUGAACACAAUGGAGAAGACGAUUGUUCUGCCACCUCUGACUGACCAAACGGGCACUCAACUCAUAUUCAACGCAGCCAAGGAACUCGGUCAGCUUUCCAAGCUUAAGGAGCACAUGGUUCGUGAGGAGGCCAAGGCACUGUCGCCUAAACAGUGUGCAGUGAUUGAGUUAGCGCUGGAUACUAUAAAGCAAUAUUUCCAUGCUGGAGGUGUGGGGCUGAAGAAGACGUUCUUGGAGAAGAGUCCAGAUCUCCAGUCUCUACAUUACGCUCUGUCUCUCUACACUCAGGCUACUGACAAACUCAUCAAGACCUUUGUUCAGUCUCAGAAUACACAGGUUCAUGGAGGGAAAGGGGUAAGGUUCACCCAAAGCGAAGACGUGUACCCUGAGAAGGGUACUGGUGUUGAUGAUGCAGUUGGAGAAGUAUCCAUCCAUGUGGAGAUUUUCACUCAUCCUAAUACUGGAGAGCACAAAGUUACAGUAAAGGUGGUGGCUGCAAAUGACCUACGGUGGCAAACCUCUGGAAUUUUCCGGCCCUUUGUGGAAGUCUACAUCAUUGGCCCUCAUCUCAGCGAUAAGAAGAGGAAGUACGCCACCAAGUCCAAGAACAACAGCUGGGCUCCAAAAUACAACGAGACCUUCACGUUCACGCUGAGUAACGAAGUGGGACCAGAAUGCUACGAACUUCAGGUGUGUGUGAAAGACUACUGCUUCGCACGAGAGGACCGCACCGUUGGCAUGGCAGUACUGCAGCUGAAGGAUGUAGCACCACGAGGUAGCGUAGCAUGCUGGCUACCGCUAGGUAAACGUAUUCACAUGGACGAAACCGGCCUGACAGUACUACGAAUCCUGUCCCAGCGCAACAACGAUGAUGUUGCGAAAGAAUUCGUCAAGCUCAAAUCUGACCAGCGAUCUGCUGAAGAGGGGCGGAGCUAAGACCAGGAAGUAGCUAGCGAGGCAUGGUAAUUUUGGCGUAAACACUGCCCCCUGUUUUUCAGAUGUUGCACUAGCGCAUAGAAAAAAAUACACAAGACAUCUUUGGUUCUUCACUUUAAUGACCAACUGUUUACGUGACAAAGCAGUUAUAUAUUUGUAUUCAGUGCACUGCCAUUAGACCUGCCAGUAAGGGCUUGUUUAACAAGCACAAUUUGGCACAUGAAACAGACACAUGAUAUUGUAUCUCUUAAAUACUUGAUGUUUGUGAUGACCUUGAUUUUUAUAAUGCAUAUUCCAAGUCAUCUUGCCAAAAGAUACUUAAAUAAAACACAUAUUUAUCUAUUUAUUCUGCAAAAACAUAUUAAAUAACUGCACACAUGUCUCAAAAUAUAAAUCUAGAUAAUAUUAUUUCAAAUAAAUUCUAUUUAAAAUUAUUAUAAUAAUAAUAAAGAAUCUAUGUUAAAAGUAUAUUUAUAUUUAUUAUAUUCCUUUUUUUUUUUGUUUGUUUGCAAAUGCGUCUAUGAAAUAAACCAGAUUAAGGCAUGUAAACACGACAGAGUGCUACACAGUGCCAUGAUUUGUCAAACACAAUUUUUUUCUUCCAUGUUCAACAAUCUGUAAUGAUGUCGAAAACCUCUUUCGUGCGGCCUUUUGUCGAUCAUUCCUACGCCCAUUAAAAGGGUGUGUUAAUGUCAGGGUAUCGUUUCUCCACUGCAUAAUAACCAUUUCACCCCCAACCUCCUUAAUAGGGACCAAAACCCCCUAUGGGUCAAACAUUAUGCAAUUAUUUAAAAGCACAAGAAAAAAAUUGCGAAAAAAUAGACCUACAACCAAAUAGACCUCUGAAAGCAGAGUGGUUGCUUUUCCUGUAGAAUGAAAAUAUGAAGAAGUUUGCAGGAAAUCCUACAAAAGACGCUUGUCGUAAGACUACAAGAUACUGACACUUUGUAAAGAUGAUCUCGAUUCAAUCACAGGGCCUCCUCUGUCCUGUCUUUUGUGUAUGUUUUCUGAUCUGUUCAUGUUUUGAGUGCCUGUGCGGUUUAUCCAGUGUUUGUUGGCAUGGUAAGGCACUACGGUUUAUACGAUGUAUAUGUGCAAGUCUAGACUGACAAACACUGCUUGUAUUAGACACCAGAGCUGCCUGUUUCAGUGAAAUCUCACUUUAUAACAUCACAUUUAAAUGUCAGACCGUGUCAUGCUAAUGGGGCCUUUUUCCCCCAUCUGCAAAUCCACUAAAGCAAUCUCUGGUUUUACACCUCAGAAGAUUCACAGUUGUAUAGAUUUGCCAUCACUACUGUUGAUGAAUCCUGCCAUUUUACUGCCAAACCAUCCACCAUUUUAGACAAGCACAAGAGGAACGCUCUAUAAUGUGGGAUAAACGCCCUAUAGUGGUUAUUCCAUGCUCUAUUGUGCUAAAUGGCAGAGACUAGUCAUGUUGUCGGUCUACUUGUGAAAAUAUGAGAUGAUUGAAUUAAUGAUUAUUAAUUGAAUCACUAAAGGAUUCAGUCCUUGUUCAUUGUUAAUUCACAUUUACAUCUUCUGAACACUAUUGGAGACAAGUUUAUGAAAUAUGAGUGAUUUCUGUCCCUCUAUUGAAAGACUACUUACACUAAUGCUUCAAAAUGUUACUAAAGCCCGGGACACACCAAGCCGACAGUCACAUGCCAUGAAGGAACACAUAAAAGCCAACUGUUAUUUCGAUGGAUUUCUUAAAUAUUUGCGUAUAUGGACUAUCAGAUUAUCAGACAUAUUUACACAAGCGAAUCCCUUCCUGUUGAGCAAGAAAUACUGUAAAAUGGUAUGUAAAUGCUGCUUUGUUUACAGUUCCUUUCGGGAAUGACUAUACAGAUACUGCCACCUGCAGGUUUGGAGAGAUACACUCUAUCAUGCUGCCGCAAAUUUUUUGUUUUACUCGGCUGUUGUGCUUUUGGUUUGUUCACGUGCAGCUUUUUAGUGCAGACGCAAGCAAUGCUAGGCAGUUGCCACUAGUUCUUGACAUUGAAUCAAAAAUGGGACUGUUCACCUUAUCAAAAAAAAAAACGUGGACUGGAAUAUUAAACUGCAAAGAUAUUAAACAGAAUGUUUAAAUAUGAAGUUUGCUUGUGCAAAUAAAUGGCUUAUUUUUAUUUGCUAUGUGCAUACUGAUGUGUACAACUAUUAGGUUAGUUACAACUAUUAAGUUAGUUAAUCAGAAAUAUACACUGUAAAAAUGAUUACUUACAUUACUAUAAAAAAGUAAAUAAAUAAAAUGAGUAAACCCAUUGCCUUAAAAGCUACAAGCUGACUUUACUAAACCUAUUCUAACUGAGAACUGUUAAGUUGACUUAAAGGUGCUGUAUGUGCGUUUUUGACUCGUUUAAAGCAUAAAAAUACCAUAAUAUGUUUGCAGAUGUUUAAGAAACAUGCCAAGUGAACAUUCUUGUUUAUCUGAAAAACAAUGUUGAAGUCAGAUAUUCUGCUUUGAAAAAAAGUGCCAGAAUGCUGUUUUUGUUUUGGUUCUUUUGACCCACCCAACGCCACUUUAACCGAUUUUAUUUUAGUACCCCUGGGUUGCCUUGUUAGAAAUCUGCAUAUUUCAUUCAUUCAUUCAUUCAUUUAGAUAGGCUCUCAAUGCAUGCGUCCGUGACUGAAAUGCGACCUCAAGUGGACAAUAGCAGACUCAGAAAUGAGACGCAGAUUCAGAGUUCUACAUGAGGUUAUUAAUUAGCAAAUUAUAUAAAUAUUACGAGCAUAAACAUUAGUUGAGCAGAUUACAUUGUAACCUCAUGUCCUAACAACACACUACAUGACGAGAUUUGCAGCGAUAAGCAAUUUAGCUGUUUGCACCAAACGAAACACGACAAAUUUAAAUACAGCCAAUCAGAAGCACAGAAUAGUGCACUCACUGCACUCCCAACGAAAUGGUAAAGUUUAUAAUCUAAUUAAUACAUAUUAACCCACUUUAACAUUAUUAAAUGUACAUGCUGAAUCACUGAUAUGUGUUGGCUUUGAGUCUAAAGUAACAUUUUAAAGUAUUUAUUUCAUUUUCAAGAUCUGAGGUGAACUAUCUGCUUCUGCUUUCAGUAGUAUGGCAAUAAAUGUCAUUCAAACUCACACUAUUAGCAUCUAAUACUGAAUAAAGCACAUGAGGUGUACCUGAGGUGAUCGUUGUCAGUUUUCUGUUGUUCAGCUGCAAGCUGCAAUGUCAGUUAGAACAAAAACUCCUUUUAAUAUGGAGAAUAUUCCUUCUAUCGUGUGCCGUUGCUUUUAUAUAGAACACGAUUUAAAUCAGUCUUUAGGCUCGAUCAUCAGACUCGCUCCUUUUGGUCCUCAAUCUGGCAACCUGCACUUGCAUUUGUUUGAUCCAGGAUGCAAUACCUAGUUCAACCACUGGGCGUCAAACUUACAUACUGCACCUUUAACAUUCAUAACAUGAGUCCAUUUACUUAAUUUUAAGGCAGAUUUACUCACUUUUUAAAGUAAAGUCAGGUAAUUGAUUUUUACAGUGCAUUACUAUUAUGCAGUAGAAAGUAUCUGUAUCUCAAAGUCAUAAUUACUAAUUACACAAUUUUUCCUUCAUGUUUUAAUUUGAAUGCAAAAAAAACUACCUAAUUUUUCUUCUUUCCUUUAAAUAAUUAGUUCUUAAGUUUAUUAGGUUUCUUCAUGAUUUCAAUUGAACAUACUUUCUGAUUAUUACAAAUUCUUUCAACUGUUAAAAUAGUGUGUAAACCAGUAAAUAAAAAACGUCAAGAUGCACUAAGCAAAAUUUCCGGAACAAUGUUGAUAUUUGAAAGCACCAAUACGAAGAUGCCCAUCCGCUUGUUAAGUCGUGACAUAUGAAAUAGUUUCCAGACCCAAGCCGCUACUCAUUUGAGUUGAGAAAAUAUUUGUUUAUGGACACUUUUUAGUCCCAUCACACAUUAAAGUGAAUUUUAUAUUAAAUCAUGGUGUACACGACAGUCUCUGGACUUGCUGCAUCAAUGACGUCAAUAUUUUAACAAUUUCUAAAAGGUUAAUCACUUUCUGGCCAUCGGAUAUUAGGCAUGGAUAUAUGUAUUGCGACUGUGAUUUUCGAAAGUAUCACAUCGCUUUGUAAAUGUUUAUUAUUACCAUUUCUUGAGUCUCCUCAUACAGUUUGACAGAUCGCUUGGACUCGGAAGCUGCUUCGCGUGACGUCACUCUUAAUAAGCGGAUUGCCCAAUAAGACCGCACCCAUUUUUAUACCUCCACAAUAGUUACAAGACAUGACCCUUACUGCUGAUUGGCUGCAGGUGUGAUUUUGGGACUCGAUUAAACAGAUAAAUUCAUAUGGAUUUAAUUUGUGAUCUCUAUGAACAUUUUGAAGCGUUACACUUUUGGUUGAACAAACUGUUAAUCGAUUUACGGAAAUCUCCAGAUUUGAUAAAAAUGAUGUGCGAAUUUUCAUUUUGACGUCAACUUUUCAACCUUUCACUACAAUUUUUACCCGCUUCAUGUUUAUUUCUCUACAAAUAGUCUAUGCAUCUGUUCUGUGUCAAAAUUAUUAUUGUUUACAUUGCGAGUAACAGAAGCUGCAAAUGUGUAUUAUUUUAGUUUUCUUCCGUUCACUGCUGUAAUAUUGAACCACAGGAAAUGAUGUUAAUGAAUGUUGAAUUGACUGCGGACUGGACAAUGCUGGCAUGAUGUGAUAGGAUUUGAAAUAUAGAGCCGUGUAUUGUCGUUUUUGAGUAAUAAUAUUACAGCAUGUCAUUCACACUGCGCCCAAUACCACAAAACAGCCACUCGUUGCCUGUAUAUAAGAAGCAGUGCAUGUUGGGAAAGAUUCUUCUUGUGCCAGCAUGUAUCUUUGGUGUGAUAUUCAAUUGUCGUCUGACUUUUCUUUCGGUUUAUUUUGAUAUUUGGGUAUUAUUUUCUAUUUUUGGAAGGCUUGUGAAUAUAUAAAUAUGUAUUACUGAUGUGUAGUGGUACAGACUGUACUAGCAUGAGAGGUUUUUUUAUACAAAGAUGUUUCUAAUUUUCGUUUUGCUAAAUAUGAUCGUUCUUAUCGGGGAUGGAGGUAAAACAGGCCAGCCUUGGUUUGUUUCUACUUCCAAU